AGAACAGAGAACAGUGUGUGUUCCUUGCUUCAACUCGAACCUUGUUGGUGUUCUGUGAAUGAAUGCUGGAUUGAAUGAAUCGUGCAUUGCUUCCAAAGCACGUUGCAGCUGUGGUGAAAGCCCAGAAGGAUCCUCUGAAAGCGUUGGAGAUUUUCAAUUCAGCGAAGAACGAAGAUGGCUUCAACCACACACUCUUCACCUACAAGUGCAUGCUCCAGAAGCUCGGCCACCACCGCGAGUUCAACCAGAUGGAGAAUCUUCUCUCAGAGAUGAGGGCCACAUUGGAGAACAAUUUGUUGGAAGGAGCUUACGUGGAAGCAAUGAGAAGCUAUGGAAGGUUCGGGAAGGUUCAGGAAGCAGUGGACGUGUUCGAACGCAUGGACUUGUAUAACUGCGAGCCUUCUGUUCAUUCGUACAAUGCAAUCAUGAACAUUCUGGUUGAGUUUGGUUACUUCAAUCAAGCACACAAGGUUUACAUGAGGAUGAAGGAUAAAGGGGUGGGUUCUGAUGUGUAUACGUACACUAUAAGGAUCAAGUCUUUUUGUAGAACUGGUAGGCCUCAUGCUGCACUGAGGCUGCUUCGUAACAUGUCUGUGUUUGGUUGCAGUUUCAAUGCUGUGGCCUAUUGCACUGUGGUUGCUGGGUUUUAUGAGUUUGGGGAUAGAGACUUGGCACGUGAGCUGUUUGAUGAAAUGCUUGAGAGGUCUUUGUGUCCUGAUGUUGCCACUUUUAAUAAGCUGGUGCAUGGGCUUUGCAAGAAGGGUUUUGUUCCUGAGAGUGAGAAGCUUCUCAAUAAGGUUUUGAAGAGAGGGGUUUCUCCUAAUUUGUUUACUUAUAAUAUCUUCAUACAAGGGCUUUGCAGGGAGGGUGCUCUUGACAGGGCUGUUGUGUUUUUGGGUAGUGUCUCAAGGGAAGGCAUGAGUCCUGAUGUUGUAACUUAUAAUACUGUGAUUUGUGGGCUGUGUAGGAAAUCUCGGGUUGUAGAAUCUGAGGAAUGUUUGCAUAAAAUGGUUAACGAUGGACUCCAGCCUGAUGAGUUCACAUAUAAUACUAUUAUUGAUGGGUACUGCAAGAAGGGGAUGGUACAGGAUGCGAAUAGGAUUUUGAAAGAUGCUGUUUUUAAGGGUUUUAAGCCAGAUGAGUUUACUUAUUGUUCCUUGAUUAAUGGGUUGUGCGGAGAUGGUGAUCCUGAUCAAGCCAUGGCUGUCUUUAAGGAUGGAGUAGAAAAAGGUUUGAAGCCGAGCAUUGUUGUUUAUAAUACCUUGAUUAAAGGGUUAUCGCAACAGGGUCUUAUUUUGCCAGCUUUGCAAUUGAUGAAUGAGAUGGCAGAAAAUGGUGUUCAACCUAAUAUAUGGACUUAUAAUACAGUUAUAAAUGGCUUGUGCAAGAUGGGUUGUGUAUCUGAUGCUAGUCAUCUUAUCGAUGAAGCUAUUGCCAAAGGGUGCCUCCCAGACAUAUUUACCUAUAACACUUUGAUUGAUGGCUACUGUAAACAGUUGAAGUUAGACAGUGCGACUGAGAUAGUAAACAGAAUGUGGAGCCUAGGUGUGACUCCUGAUGUUAUCACAUAUAACACUUUGUUGAAUGGGCUCUGCAAGGCUGCAAAAUCUGAAGAAGUAAUGGAGAUUUUCAAGGCAAUGGUGGAGAAGGGAUGUGCUCCCAACAUAAUUACAUACAACAUUAUCCUAGAAAGCCUUUGCAAAGCUAAGAAAGUAAAUGAAGCUGUUGAUUUGUUGGGGGAAAUGAAAAGCAAGGGCUUGACACUUGAUGUUGUAAGUUUUGGCACAUUGAUCACUGGGUUCUGUAAGAUUGGGGAUCUUGAUGGUGCUUACCGGUUAUUUAGAAGGAUGGAAAGACAAUAUGAUAUUUGCCAUACAACCGCAACAUAUAACAUCAUAGUUAGUGCAUUUUCUGAACAUCUCAAUAUGAACAUGGCAGUAAGGCUCUUUUCCGAGAUGAAGAAAAACGGUUGUGACCCGGACACCUAUACUUACCGGGUCAUGAUUGACGGCUUUUGCAAAACUGGAAACGUUACUCAUGGAUACAAUUUUCUGUUGGAAAAUAUCGAAAAGGGGUUUUUUCCAUCACUAACAACAUUCGGUCGGGUUUUAAAUUGCCUCUGCGUGAAGCACAAGGUUCGUGAAGCAGUCGGUAUCAUCCACCUUAUGGUACAAAAGGGCAUCGUCCCAGAGAUUGUAAAUACAAUUUUUGAAGCAGAUAAAAAGGUGGUAGCAGCACCUAAGAUUGUUGUAGAAAAUUUGUUGAAGAAGGGCCAUAUAACUUAUCAUGCCUAUGAACUACUAUAUGAUGGUGUUAGAGAUAAAAAGGUUCAUAAGAAAAAACUCCCAAAUAUGAAUUCUCUUCGUAGAGGGGCCAGGUCAUCAUCUGCUGAUUAG